AGCCAUUUUGGCUCACGCUGCCGUGUGCCGUGGCAGGGCGGGGUGGUUGCGCGGCCGAGGGGCCCCCGGCGCGUCACCCGCGCGUGCAGGUGCCCGGCCUCCGCCGGCACCCUUUUUGGCGCGCGCCACCCGGCGCACGCUCAUGUCCGCCGGUGGGGCAGGUGCACAUGCCGCCCAUCGCCCGAGGAAGUCAUCCUCGGGGGGCAGCUCCUCGGAGGCGCCCACCGUGGUCGUCAGCUCGCCCUCCCGGAAGCGGUGCCGCAGCUCGAGCUCCUCGGGCCGCAGGAAGCGGGGCCGCAGUUCGAGCUCCGCGGGCCAGAGGCGGAGGCGGAGCGAAGACUCGCGGAAGGCGAGGGGAGAUGACGGCAAGGGCAAGUAUCGGAAGCGAUCCGUUGCCAAAGAUCCAGCUAGAAAAGGAUAGGGGCAAUAAUGGGGAACAGUCAAGAGAUGGAGGCAAGCACAGGGGCCACGAGAAGGAGAAGGAGAAGGAGAAGGAGAAGGAGAAGGAGAAGGAAAAAGGCAAAGCAAAGGACGGCAAGAACGACAAGAAAGACAAGCCGAGGGACAGUGCCAGUAAGGCCGACGCCGUGGGCGGCGAGAAGCCCUCCAAGAAGGGUCGCAGCCCGAACGGCAAAGCGAAAGAAGGAGCUGCACUGGCCAAGGUCGAGCUGGCUGGUGGAACACCGGACGGCGGCCUCGCAGGUCUUGGUGACCUCGCGGCGCUGCAGAGGCGGCUCAGCGAGGACCGGGAAAGUUUGCAGCUCUUCGUGCUCAAGGCCAAGCAGGAGUUCGAGAAUAAGCCGCAGGACAAGGACAAGGCGAACAAGCAGCGGCGGGACAAGGAGUACUUUCGCGCCGAGGUCGGGGAGCCCUGCGGCCCAGACAACCGCCUCAUUAUCGAAGAGGCGCUCGGCCAUGGGGCGUUUUCGACGGUCUUCCGCUGCACUGACCUGAGGGCAGACUGCAAGGAAUAUGCUGUCAAGUUCAUCCGCUCGAACGCGAUGUUACGCAAGGCGUCCGAGAAGGAGGUGCGGCUUAUGCGGAAGCUCCGCAGCCUGGGUUCCGAGAAGGAUCCCGAGGGCGCCAGGUACCUGCUUGGCCUCAUCGGCCCAGAAGUCUUCGACCACCAGGGCCAUCUGGCAAUGGUGUUCCAGCUACAGAAGUGCAGCGCUCGUGUGGGGCUGGCGAGGUACGGACAGGGACGCGGCUUGCCUCUGCCUCUCGUCAGAACAUAUGCACGAAACAUAUUCUUGGCACUCAGGACAUUGUUUAAGAUCAACGUUAUACAUGGAGACCUCAAGCCGGACAACCUCCUCAUCUCCCUCGACAAGGCUUCCCUUAAGCUGUCCGACUUCGGGAGCGCAAUGGAGAUAUCCGAGCGAGUGCGAACAGAUUUUGUGCAACCGAUGUAUUACCGGGCCCCAGAGGUGAUCCUGGGCCACACGUAUACCACCCAGAUCGACAUUUGGAGCGCUGGUUGCACAAUCUUUGAGCUCAGCACCGGCAAGUUCCUCUACACCGGGAGGAACAACAACGGCAUGGUUCACGAGAUGCUCAAGGGGUGCGGGCCAUUCGCAAAGAAGUUCGCCACAACGGGGACAUUCUCUGCCAGGCACUUCGAUGCUGGGGGGUGCUUCCGACUGAAGCCGGAGUCUCCCGACAAGGCGGAGGAGACAAAGCCCAUGUCGCUGUUCCCGAAGCACUCUCCCCAGGCCGCGCCCUUCCUGAAAAGGCUCAGGGACGAGACCAAGGAGCCCAGCGACUCGGUCGAGGCUAGGGCACACCAGAAGGCGCUCGGCAAGCUAGCGGAGCUGAUCGCCAAGUGUAUGAUGCCGGACCCGUCGGAGCGCAUUACGUGCGAGCCCGCUCUCGCGCACAGCGCCCUGAAGGAGCCGGCGUGAUCUGGCCUCCGAGCGGCGGCCGGGGCAGGCGCCGCCGACUCGUGCAGUCUCUUGGAGGCGCCGAGGGCCGCCGAGGAAAA